UAAAAGUGAAUUCGGAAAAAAGCAGAGCUAAUGUGAUCUAGUGCUGGUCUCUUAAGUCUUAACUAACUUCGAAGAAAAAAAAAUGCCGCUAACCUUUGAAAAUUUUUUGGACUUGGAGAAAAAUGUGAAUAUUCGUAAAAUUUUAAUACAGGGAAAAAACAACGUUGAUCUUUUCGCCUUGCAUCACUUUCUUAUCUAUUUUCUCAGGAAUAAGUUUUCACUGUGGAUGCUAAGUUCGACCCAAUCGUUCAAUCAUUAUUCAAAUAUUGCAAGCAAAAAUUCAUUGAAUCUGAUGAGCAUUCAAACGGAAAACAAGUUCAUUUUUGUUAAUGCCAUGGAAUCUCUUUCCCAACAAUAUUUUUCAAAAGAAAUAGUGCCCAAUGAAGAAAUAUUGAAAACUUUUUAUAACAAGGUUAGUAGUGAUUUGAAAUCAUUUGAUGACAAAAAAGCAAUAGUCAUUGAUGACAUAUCAACUUUGGUAAUGUUGGGGUUCUCAAUGAAAACUUUACGUGCAUUUAUAAAUUACGUCCAACGAUUAUCAAAAGAAAACAAUGCUUAUUUUGUAUUAAAUACACAUACCUCCUGCAAUGAUGAAGAUAUACAGUUGUUAUUCAAUGAUUUUGCUCACUCAUUUGAUCAGCUGAUAAUUACAGAGCCAUUAAACACAGGAUUCUGUAAAGAAGUUUCUGGAGAGGUAACAACAAUUUCUAAAACAGCCAUUCAUGGAAGGUUAAAAAAGGCUACAGCACAUUACAAGUUAUCUGACAAAGCAGCUUCGAUUUUGCCAAUAGGCUUAUCCGAUGCAGUAGUUUAAUUCAAUAUAAACAAUUAAUUUAUAGAAUUUCAAUGACAAGCAAAAUAAAAUGUACAUAUAAUA